GCUUUAUCUGUCUCUUUAUCUUAACAGAGCCAAACCCAGAACAGAAAAAAGAUAAUUAAAGAAAUGACUAAUGAGUGAUGAACGGAUAACCAUCUCAUAAAGUCACACACACACACAUAUAUAUACUUGUAUAGAUUUGUUGUGUGUGUGUGUAGUGUUGAAGGGAGAGAGAAUUUGUGAUCAAGAGAAUGGCCAAUAUUCUGGGGAGGUUCAAGAGAUUUUCAGCGGCUUUGGAUGAAGAAGCCAGGGCCCGGCUGUGCAAGAGCAGCGGCAGCGAGCACUCGGCGGCGCCAUCGGCCACUGGGGAGGAGGGGUCUGCGGAGCUGUCGGAGCUGGUGGAGCUGUUUCUGGAGAGGGGCUGUGGGGUUGAAGACGAGUGUUGCUGCGAAGGAGGAGGGAGAAGCGCAGCUGUGAGGAGGGCUGCUGACUCCGUGGAUUCGGAUCAGGCGGAGAAGAUUUUGCGUAGUUUGGUCGGCGGCUGCCAGGGGGACGCUGCCGUGAGGCGGAGGAUUCAGGCGGAGUUGGAGGCGGCGCAGCGGAGAUGGGGCGCCUGCUCGCCGGAGGGAUUUAAGCGGCGAGCGAUCAGUUGGUUGCGCCAGAAAGGUUUUGAUGCCGGUCUUUGCAAGUCCCGGUGGCCGAAAACCAGGGAGUCCCCGGCCGGCGAGCACGAAUACAUAGACAUGCUCGCCGGAGCUCGCUACAUCAUAGAGAUAUCUCUGGCCACCCAGUUCACAAUAGCUCGGCCAACCGAUCCCUACUCAUCUCUCCUACAACUCUUCCCUGAAAUCAUUAUUUGCAGAGAAGACGAGCUGAAGAUGGUGGCGAGGCUAAUGUGCGCCGCCAUGAGGAAGUCCCUGAAGCAGAGGGGAAUGCACGUGCCGCCCUGGCGGCGAAACGCCUACGUGCAGGCCAAGUGGUUUGGCCCAUACAGGCGGACGACAAACGUCACAAACCCCAUGGAUCGGGCGCCGGCGGCACGGCGGGGAGAAGUGUAGUGGGGUUUGAGGAGGCGGGUGAGGGAAGCCAUGGAUAUGGUGUAGAGGUGAGAUGGUGGGGAAGGAGGGUUUUGCUUUGCACGGAGGGAACUGGAAUGAGUGGCAUGCAAUGGUAGUUCUGUUGACCUUUCGGGGGUAAAACUGUAAAUUACUAUAAAAUGAAUUCUGUAUAAUGUAAACUUAAUGACGGAACAAUUUAAUACAAAUUUUGAAAGGAGUGAGUAAUGAGUGUAAUUUUU